AUGUCAUUCUUCAAUAAUGAUUACUUCUGGCGGGCUGUAGAACGACGCGCUGGUAUCGCACAGAAUUCAAGAGAAGACCAGAGGGAGAGUUGGUCGAAGAUGUUUGUCGAUUCUGCUCUUGGGUUGCUGCUGCCGACCAUCAUCCUGCUUCACUGCAUAUGUGCGCCUUACACUAAGGUCGAAGAGUCAUUCAAUAUUCAAGCAGUCCAUGAUAUCGUCACUUAUGGAAUCCCUCAUGGCAACGUUUCCAAAGUUCUCGCGACAUCCUACGAUCAUGUCUCCUUUCCUGGUUCAGUGCCGAGGACAUUCGUCGGUGCAUUGGUCCUAGCUGGCAUUGUCCGGCCCUUUUCUACCUUUGUCUCGUCCCCAGAGCAGAUACAGACACUCGCUCGCGCUGCGCUCGGAUUGAUCAAUGCUGCCGCGUUGCUCUCUUUGCGAGCUGCAGUAGAGACCGCCUAUGGCAAAGUCGCAGGCCGAUGGUUCGUGCUCCUCCAGGCCGGUCAAUUCCAUGUCAUUUAUUACGCAUCACGAACAUUACCGAACAUGUUUGCCUAUGCACUGACGACCAUUGCGUUGCGAAACCUCAUCCUGGUCAAGUCCGUGUCAUGGAAGUCACGUCGCAGCUCCCGCAGGAGAGUUAUGGCGAUGAUCCUCCUUACCAUCGCGGGCAUCAUAUUCCGUUGUGAAAUUGCAAUUCUCCUCGCAGUGGAGACCCUAUACCAGCUCGCACAGCGGCGCAUACUCAUCAUCAAGGAGAUCAUUCCAGCCGGCAUCAUUGGUGUGGCGAUUGGGUUAGCUACCACCGUUGCCGUGGACAGCUUUUUUUGGCGCCAGUUUCCUCUCUGGCCAGAAUGGGUCGGAUUCUAUUUCAACACUGUCCUCGGAAGAUCCUCCGAGUGGGGAACUAGUCCGUUCUAUUUCUACUUCAUUGACGCCCUACCACGUCUCCUAUUGAAUCCUGCGAUAUACUUCUGCAUACUAAUCGGCACCAAUCUUGCACCCAGCUCCGAUAUUCUCAGACCACAGCUUAUUUUCAUUGCGAUUUAUAGCUUGUUGCCUCACAAAGAAUGGCGGUUCAUCAUCUAUUCAGUCCCGGCCUUUACAGCUGUGGCCGCAGCAGGUGCGGGCUGGAUUUGGAUCCGACGUAACAAAGCCUGGAUCUGGAAACUCCUCAGUAUUGCCCUUGUGGUGUUAACUGCGGCAUCAUACGUAGCAAGUCUUGGCUUUCUGUAUAUCUCGAGCCUCAACUACCCUGGCGGUGAAGCGUUGGCGCUGCUGCACCAAGUGGUGCCCUUAUCCGACAACAGCCAUGUUCGCAUUCAUUUGGACAACUUAGCAUGUCAAACAGGUAUCACGAGAUUCCAACAACUUCAUUUAAAUUGGACAUACGACAAAACGGAGGAUGAGUCUCGGCUGCUUGAUCCUCUCUUUUGGUUGGACUUUGAUUAUGCGAUCGCUGAACAACCCGAGAGGGUGAUUGGAAAAUGGGCUCCAAUCGGCGUGGCAAAUGGUUACUCUGGAAUCACAUUGAGACCCACAAAUGAUGAGGACGAUAUCUUACCCUUGCCAUCAGUUUUCCAAAACCGAGUUGGGCGAAUACUUCACCGACGCUAUCACGACAUUGCUUUAUUUUCUCGGAACAAGAUCACACGAGGCCUCUGGCCCGCAGUCAAAUUCGAGCCACGUCUUUACAUCCUCAAACGCCAAGUUUCGCCUGCGAAGAGCUCUACUGCUAUGAUCUAA